AUGCACAAGAAAAACAGUCUGCACAGAAAUACAAGCUCCAUGCGGAUUGCUCGAGCAGCCCAGGUGCGUCUUGACGAGAUAAGCGACAAAAUAGAGCGAGACAAACAGAAAAGCAUCAAAUCAAAUUAUCAUGAGAAAGUUAAAAUAUGGAAUGAGCUCAAAUCGAUUCAUCGCGUGUUCGAACCACUCUACGUUAUCAAAGAAAAUCAAGCAAGACUUGCAAGAAACCAGCCUGAUCUUUCAAAACUGGACUCAAAAAAUCGUGCGCAUGAAAGCGAUGGGAUGCGAAAAGAUGGGACUGUAUCUUUAAAAUACCAGCCUAGAUUGUUGCAAAGAGCUGAAACUCAGAGUAACGUGACAAAACCAAGACGAAGACAUACUGAACCCAAAAUAGAAGCAUUGGAGGGAUGGAAAGCCAAACUCGUUAACUCCACGAGUCAGGAUACUGCAGCGGGUUCCUCGCAGUUUAAGUGGAGGUCGCAGAGUUGGUCUUUCCAAGGGUCGUCGAAAACCGAGGCAGAAUGCCCACGAUUGGCACUACCUCAGAGAACUGAGAGAGAACACAAUUCCAAACUCCGCAGCGCUUCAGAGGAGCCUCGCAUUUCUAACUCAAUGUGCACAAUCGCAUUGGGAUAUAUGGCUUUCAAACGCGUUUUGAAAAACAAGAAAUUGUCCCAAGGAUUGGAACCCAAAGUUGUUGAUUCCAGAUUCAGGUCGAUGUCAAUGCAUGAGACAGAACUCAGUGCAAACUCGCGGCUGGUCAUGCCUGAACACUCAGAGGCAAUUAAUGAAAAAGAGGACACUUUGAAAUUACUAUUUCCAGCCACAGAGAAAACUGUUAAUCCACACUUAAUUAAAAAAGAUAACAAUGGGCGAAAGCCCAAUUCUAAAAGGCGUGCUUCGACUUGCGUAAACAAUAGACGACAACUUAUUUCAUCGCUAUCCUGGCCGUUAGGCGAGUUACCUGUGAACCCUACAGGAGUGGAGAAAAGCUUAUUAAGCCCUGAUCAUAUUUCACACGCACACAGCCCAAAUGUCUCUCGCUCACGCUCUGAAAUGUCUGUCAGAAGUUUGCCACAAGCAUUGAAAAUGGAACGAGUUAAAACGGGGAAAGCUUCUGGCUCAAUUGAACAGGAGCACUCAAGCGAGAGUGACGAAGAAAUCAAGUUCGGAACAUUUCAUGAAUAUUUUGGUGAAAAACCCAUGCAUAGCUGGCUGAAGAAACCGCUUAAACGAGGGUCAAAAUUGCUAAAACCAGUGGGAAGUGGUUGUUUUAGUGAAAGUUUUCAGGCUUUAACUCACAGCAAAACAUGA